AUGGACUCACCCAUGAAAGAAGCAUACGUCCAACUCAUCGAAGUCAUCGCAAAAGACACCACAGACCCAGCCGCAACAGAAACCCACGUUCGCCAACUCAUCGCCUCCCUCCCCUCCGUCCUCCGCGCCCGCGACGACGACCAGCGAACAGCCCUCCACCACGCCGCCCGCCUAGGCCGUACCGCCCUCCUCGUCGCCAUCCUCGAAGCCAACCCUGACUCCGAUGUCGACGUCCGCGAUGUAGAUCGCUGUACGCCAUUACAUCUUGCCGCGCGUAACGGGCACGAAGGGUGUGUUGCGACGUUGGUGUGCGAGGCGGGAGCGGACGUGAGAGCCGAGGAGAGUUUUCUCGAGACGCCGCUUCAUGAGGCGAGUCGGGGCGGGUAUGCGCGGAUCGUGACGCUGUUGAUUGAGAAUGGGGCGGUUGUUGAUGCGCCGAAUCGAGAUUUGGGGACGAGUUUGCAUAUUGCUGCGAGGAGGGGGAAUGAGGAUGUUAUCAGGGUUUUGCUUGAGGCUGGGGCGAAUCCCGGGACGAGAGAUGCCGUUGGGGAUACGCCGCUUCAUGAUGCUGCCAGGGGUGGGCACGAGGGUGUGGUGAUGAUGUUGUUGGGGACGGGGUCCGUUUCUAUUGAGGCGCAGAACGCGAAUGAUUUUACGCCGUUGAGCGUUGCUGCGCGCCAUGGGCGGGAGGCGAUUGUGAGGAUGCUGGUGGAACAGGGUGCGGACGUCGAUACCAUGAGCAACGAGUACUGCACGCCCCUUCACCAAGCUGCUUCCGAAGGCCACGAUGGCGUCGUUCGUAUCCUCAUCGCCGCGGGCGCGGAUGUCGAUUUGCAGGAUAAAGACGACCAGACCCCCCUCCACGCGGGCGUCAUGUUCGAGCACGAGGCUGUUGUCGCCUCGCUGCUCGCCGCGGACGCGGAUGUGGAUGUCCGGGAUACGGAGGACUGUACGCCGCUGCACCACGCCGUGAAGAACGAGAACAAGAGGCUCGUGAGGGAUCUAUUGGAGGCCGGGGCGGAUCCGACUGUGAUUUCGUCGACGGGGGAGACGCCGCAGAGUUUGGCCAAGUUGCUGAACCGCAACUCGAUUGCGGAUUUGUUCAACUCGCCGCAGGUUGUGCCGAAGCAGAACGUCGGACUCGAUGUCUUUGGUGUUUUUGCUGCGGCCGGUGUUGGGUUGGGUGGAGGUGGUGGUGGCGGGAGAGUGAAGAAGACGCGCCCGCCGUCGAGACCGAAUCAGGAGGCGGAGAUUGAGGCGUGUAAGCACUUUAAGGGGUUAUUCUGGUGUCCUUCUUCGGAAUGCAGUUUCGAGAGUCUGAGUGUGUGGGAUUUGCUGUAUGAUUCCGAGACGGAGGUUAAGUUGUCUCCGAGGCCGCCUCCGCCUCCGAUGACGCUGCCGAUGCCGGUGGCGUUACCGGCGCUGUCUCCACACUCGGCCGAGACGCCGGUCCGAAGCCCCGUUGGAUCACCCACACGAAGCCCCGCGCGGUCGAGAGCGCAUUCGAGAGCACAGAGCCCCGCGGGAAGUCCGCGGCUCUCGCCUCUUCAAACGCCGUCUCACUCGCCGCCGCAUUCACCUCUGCUUCAACCUCCUGGGAGCCCUGGGUUGAACAUGAAGGAGAUGAGAAAGCACGUCAGCCAGCAGCGCCGCAAGAGUUCGCAUACGACCGGUGGUGGCGGUGGUAGUAGCGGCGGUACUGCACGCACCACUAACAGCCACAAGGAAGACCACAGGCCUAUCAAGCGGUGGUUCCAUCUUCCUGCAAACAACGUCGCGUGGGUGAUGGACCUCGUGCAGCGAAUUUGCGCCGUGGACGGGCGGCCGGAUGCCGAGUGUAACCGGAUGAUUACGUUCAUCGAGGAGACGUUUCAGGAGAUUCGGAUCAGUGCGCCCUACCGGAAGCCGCAUUUUCGGAUGGAGGCUGCUACGGCUGCUGCUGCUGCCGGAGCGGCGACGGAUGGGAGUGGUGGGACUGGGAUGCCGGAGGUGAGUUUUGGAUCGGAGGUGCCGGCCGGACAGGUGGCAGCAGCAGCAAUAGCACCGCCGAGAUCUCAAAUGUUCUCUCUGGUACUCCCCGUCAUCGACGUCGACAUCGACGAGGGCACGAAGAGGAGUCUCCAGGACGUACACAUCGGGGAUGAAGCCAAGGUCUUUCGCCCGAUGGAACUAGUCGGCGGCGGCGCGGCAGCCGUCCCGACAGCAGCAGCAGGCAACGAUAGAAGAGCGCCACCGGUCCAGAGGCCGCACCCUCUCAGCGCGAUGCCGACGAAUCUGCAGCACUACCUCUUCCCCCAUCUAGCGCACUUUGACGCCAUGGCCAAGAUGCGCGCGACGUUUACGAAGUCUGAGCUGCAUGUCCCGAGAUCGCUGGAUCAGUCGUACCAUGAGAGUCUCAGCGCGAGCGAUCUUGCGCUGCGAAACGAAAGCCAGGUGCUAUUCCGCUAUCUUCGGCGCGUCGAGGGCCGACUGGCUGCUUCCGCCGCCUCCGCCGCAGGCACGACGCCAACGGGAACCACAGCAGCCGGGUCAUCGACUGCAGGUGACACGAUUGCAGAGGACGUACUAGGGAAGCAACCUCUAACCGAAGACGGCAUCGCGUCGACGAGGGUGCAUCAGCAGCAGCAAAAGACGCAACAUCAACAAAACCCGUUUGAUCGGCAUGCGCAGAGGGCGUAUUCGAGGCAGAGCAGCUCCAAGCAGAAGAAGACCGACGGGACCAAGGCGGAGCUGGGGAGGAUGGCGGGGAGGCAGGAUCAGGCGAGUAGUGUGCAGGCCAAGAUUUCGCGGGAGAAGAGGAGGAUGGACACGGAGAGGAGGAAGCAGAUUUUGGUUGUUGCGCAGCUUUGGAUUUGGAGGAUUGAUGAGCACACCAUCAUCACCGCGUUCCCCGAUCGUUGGGAUAAUAAGAACGCUAAGACGUUAUUGAACCAGAUCAAGCACCGUGUGCUGGGAACCAGGGACAUGCGAUCUGAGAACACGGACAUGAUGCGUGUUGUGGAGAGUAUCCUCGAGAGCGCGGUGGAAUACAGUGAGGAGGAAUUCCACUUCCAAUUCGAAGGGCCGCGGAGUUACUGUAACAUCUUUGCGGCCUCCAUUGCUCACGUUUCCAACGAAGCAAUGAAGCGCUACGCCAACUUCAAAGCCUCCAUCAGCAAGAUGGGCACCUCAAAGACGGUCCUCGACGACCUUCGCGCCGAGAUUGAGCUCCUGCAGGAGAUUGAUGACGUCCGGGAGGAGAUCAACAUGAUCAAGCGGGUUCUCCGGUCGCAGGAGCGGGUCUUUGACGGAUUCCGUGAGGCGGAGGCGGAGCGGGUUGGGAGUUUAUGCGGCGGAGUCGGAGCCGGGGAGAAGCAGGGUGGUGUUGUAAAGCCGUAUAAGCACCCGACGUUGGACUUCUUCAAGAGGUUGGAGGAGGAUGCGAAUCGGGUUCGGGAUUCGAUUACAACUUUGCUGGAUUUGAGACAGAGAGAGGCGAAUAUCGAGGAGGCGCUGUCUGCGAGCGAGCAGUCGAAGAUUCUCUUCAUCUUUACCGGAGCGACGGUCGUCUUUGCUCCAUUGUCUUGGGCAACAGGCAUCUUUGACAUCUCCAUUGAGGGCGUACCAUCGCCAAUCAGCCCUGGAACCCUCAUUCUCACAUGCGUCCUGAGUCUAGUCGCCACCCUCCUCCUCAUUGCUCUCUCCCUUCAAAUCUACGAAUUCGUCACCACAGGCAAAGCGAAGCAGCUCUACCGACGCGUCUCCAACUUCUUCGAGGUCCGCAAGCUGGAGAAGCUGGCGGCUGCGAACCAGAGCAAGUCGCCGCCCUCGUCGCUCGGCGCGUCGACGCAGCUGAGCAGGCUGAGGAGGUCGUCUCUCUCGCAACCUGUCGCUAGCACGACGGCCAACGAGAAGAAGAAGAUGCAGAGUGUGAGAAGGCGGCUUGCUGCGUUGAGAACGAGGGGGAGGGGGUUAGGGCGGGAUCGGGAUGAGGAGAGAGAGGUUACUGGGAAGCAGGUUUGA